AUGGAUCAUUCUGAAUGGCAACUUCAUCCGGACUUGUUCCAGAGUCUGUCGGAGAGGUUCGGCCAGCCGAUAGUGGACCUCUUUGCCACUCCGCAGAACUGUCACCUUCCAAGAGUCUUCUCCAGGUUCCAGACACCAGGGGCAGAAGGCAUCAAUGCUCUCCACAGCCCUUGGCCACAAGGGCUCCUGUACACCUUUCUUCCACUUUCCCUCAUCCUGAAGGUCAUCAGGAAGGUGCUCAUGGAGGGGGCUGAAAGCUCUUCCAUCAUGAAACUCCUGGAUCCAUGCCUCAACACAUACUUCAAGUUCAAUGGGAAAAUCUAUAACCAAAUGCAAGACCUGAAGAUGCGACAUGGGCUGCGCACCUAUGAGUUGGAACGUUCUUGUUGCUACGAUGCGCUGCUCCUGGAUGAAGAGAGGGGGAGGCUUUUUGUGGGAGGGAAAAACUACAUGGCAUCCUUAAGCCUGGACAACAUUAGCAAGCAUGACAGGAAGAUUUAUUGGCCAGCGCCUGUGGAAUGGAGGGAGGAAUGCAACUGGGCAGGCAAAGAUAUCAAUGCUGAGUGUAUGAAUUUUGUUAAGAUCCUGCAUCUCUACAACCGCACACACCUGUGUGCCUGUGGCACUGGGGCUUUUCAUCCCAUCUGUGGCUUUGUAGAAGUGGGGCAACGUGUGGAGGACUCUGCCUUUAAGCUGGACUUCAAGAGCCUGGAGGAUGGCAAAGGAAAAAGUCCCUAUGACCCAAAUCACACCGCAGCCUCAGUUUUUGCAGGCGAAGAGCUUUAUUCUGGUGUGGCUACUGAUCUGAUGGGCCGAGACUUCACCAUCUUCCGCAGCCUGGGAUCGAGGCCUUCUGUCCGCACCGAGCAGCAUGAUUCCCGAUGGCUCAACGAACCCAAGUUCAUUGACGUCUUCUGGAUCCCAGAGAGUGAGAACCCUGAUGAUGAUAAGAUCUUCUUUUUCUUCCGGGAAACAGCAGUGGAAGGAUCCCAAGACCUGGGCAAACAGAGUUUUGCACGCAUUGGGCAAAUUUGCCGGAAUGAUAUGGGUGGGCAGAGAAGCCUGGUGAACAAAUGGACAACAUUCCUGAAGGCUCGGCUGGUGUGUGCAGUACCCUGCAGUGAUGGGAGUGACACCCAUUUUGACCACCUUCGUGAUGUCUUCUUGUUGCCAACCAAGGAUAAGCGUAACCCAUUGUUGUAUGCUGUUUUCACCACUUCCAGCACAGUCUUCAAAGGUUCUGCUGUCUGCGUGUAUCACAUGAAUGAUAUCCGUAGAGCUUUCCUUGGUCCUUUUGCUCACAAGGAGGGGCCUAACUAUCAGUGGGUUUCCUAUCAAGGCCGUGUCCCUUAUCCCCGCCCAGGAACGUGUCCCAGCAAGACAUUUGGCACCUUUAGUUCCACCAAGGAUUACCCUGAUGAUGUGAUCCAAUUUGCUCGUAACCACCCAUUAAUGUAUAAUCCAGUACUGCCCCAUGGCCAAAGGCCGGUCUUCCUGCAAACCAAUGUGGACCACAUCUUCACUCGCAUUGCAGUAGACCGAGUAGCAGCUGCUGAUGGACAUUAUGAUGUCCUCUUCAUUGGCACAGACAUUGGCACAGUCUUGAAGGUUGUCACCGUGCCGAAGGAUUCAAGGCAAAAUAUGGAAGAAUUGCUGCUGGAGGAACUUCAGGUGUUCAAGGAUUCCUCUCCUAUUACUAGCAUGCAGAUCUCAUCUAAGCGGCAACAGCUGUACCUGGGAUCCAGGACUUCCAUUUCACAACUGCCCUUGCACCGUUGUGGGAUAUAUGGCAAAGCUUGCGCAGAAUGUUGCCUGGCGAGGGACCCCUAUUGUGCCUGGGAUGGCACCACCUGCACUCGAUACCUGCAGAAUACCAAACGGCGAUUCCGACGCCAGGAUGUGAGGAAUGGAGAUCCCAGUAUCUUGUGCUCUAGAUAUCCUCAGAAAACCAGUGUACCAGAAAAGAAAAUCUAUGGAGUGGAAGGCAGCAGCACUUUUCUAGAGUGUCUGCCUAAAUCACUGCAGGCCAAGAUCGUGUGGACAUAUCAAAAGACUAGGAGUGAGCCCCAGAAGGAGGUAUUGCUGGAUGAUCGGGUCAUCAGGAUGGAGCGGGGAAUCCUGUUGCGCAGUGUGCAGCGCAAAGAUGCUGGCUUCUACUAUUGCCAUGCAACAGAGCAUGGCUUUACCCAGGGUCUGCUGCGCCUCCAGCUUGAAGUGAUCUUUGCCCAGCAGGCUGACUCUCUCUCCCUCUCUUGGGAAGAAGAAUCCACACAACCUUUCCACCGCAAACUUUGGUAUCAAGAUUUCUUACAAUUGGUGGAUCACCCCAAUCUCAGCACCGUGGACCAGGUGUGCGAGCAGCUAUGGAGCCGCAAGAGCCACCAGCCCAAGAAAAAGCCACCUCCGUUGCCUCCUUUAUUUAACAUCAAGUCUAAAGGCCAGAAAUGGAAACAUCUGGAGGAAAAGCGGAAAGCCCGCAGCCGAAGAACGCAUGAAGUGCCCCGGGCAGAAAGGGCUCCUCGGAGCACAGAUAUCUGGUGACUUUGCAUAAGACGCACUAAUACAAAUCUCUGUGCUGGGAAGGGCCAGGGAAGGGCCAGGGUGGGAGUGUGGGAAUAGGGAUGGUAGGAGAAAAAGAGCAGGAUCUUUUAUGGCUUCUGUGGUUGGGUGGAAAGAACAUCCUUGCACACCAGUCCCGUACUCCUGAUUGCUGCUUCUCCUGUAGUUUGUAGGGGGUGAUUUUGGUGUGAUUUUUCACUAGCCCGAGACCCUUCCUAGUAGCACAGCUGCUACUCUUCAAAAUCUCGACAGAGAGAGCAACAGAACCUGGGGAAAUGGGGGAAGAUCUGCACUCCUGACCUGUCCAUAAUACACAACCAAAGACGAGGGUAGCAGCCUCCAAGGACCAAAUGCACCAGAGGCCUCAUCCUGAACAUCCUUGACCAGUGAGAAGAAAACCAGGCACUGGGAAACACAGUUCUUUUCUGCAAGGAUCCAGUGGCUGCCAAACGGUUACCAAGGGACCUCUUAGUGCUCUUUGUUUUCUGGAGCUUCCACUGAUAUUCCGUCAUCGCCUGACAAGGAGAGCGCUUGGGCACCUCUCACAAUGUAAUCUGUCUAAACCCUGGAGCGCGAUGUUGGCCUUCUUUCCUCUCGCUUCCUUAUCCAAGCGUAACUGUGCUUAAGAGGCCCCAGUGGGCUCUGUCUCCAGAAAGAGCAACGCAACCACGGACGUAUUUAUUAACAGACUGUUGACUGAUGAAUGUAGUCCAGCCCUGAGUGGCCAUCACUGUUCUCUGUUCUUGCCCAGAGGACUUCUCUGACUGAGAUUUUCUGGGCAUAAACUUGUAUGAGAAGUUUCAAGCUGUUGUGGUGAUGGUGAUGUGAAAGCAGAGGAAAGAAGCAGCAGAAAUUGCCCUACCCCCAUCUGCAUUUAGUCAAGGCCCCAGAGGAUUUUUCACUAGCCUGAGACCCUUUCUAGCGAAAGAGCAGUCCAAGGGAGAUCCUUGCUAUGAGCCACAGUUAUGGGGAUACUAUCUUGUUCUGGAAAGCAUGCAUCACUGGUGGGAUUCAAAAAUUUUUUACUACUGAUUCUGUGGCCGUGGCUUGGUGGGCGUGGCAAGGGAAGG